CGCGCACGCUCCGCCCCCUACUCACAGCCUCUAUUCAGCCUCCUAAACAAACACGAUAUCCUUUAAUCACAACCCGAACUGUGAAUACCGUGUUGGAGAAACCCUGGAAAAGAAGAUGAAGAAGUAUUUUGGAUUUUUCUUCGGGGUUUCAUCACUAUAAGAAAAAAAAACAAACAAAUAGCAAGAUUCCACAAAGCAACAUUGACAUCAUCUGAGAAAGAAGCAUGGCUUCACAGAGCACACGGCGCAGUUAUUCCAUUAUACCCUGCUUCAUAUUUGUAGAGCUUGUCAUCAUGGCUGGGACUGUGCUGCUGGCUUACUACUUUGAGUGCACAGACACCUUUGGAGUGCACAUCCAGGGUUUCUUCUGCAAUGACGCUGACCUGAUGAAGCCCUACCCAGGUGUAGAAGAUGAGAGUUUCAUCCCACCACUCGUCCUGUACUGUGUAGUUGCAGCCGCCCCCACAGCUAUUAUUUUCACUGGUGAGAUUUCUAUGUACUUCAUAAAAUCAACAAGAGAAAGCCUUAUAGCCCAGGAGAAGACUAUUGUGACGGGAGAGUGCUGCUACCUGAAUCCUCUUAUUCGGAGAAUUAUACGAUUUAUAGGUGUAUUUGCUUUUGGACUGUUCGCUACUGACAUAUUUGUGAAUGCUGGCCAAGUUGUAACUGGGAAUUUGGCUCCAUACUUUUUAAUUGUUUGUAAGCCAAAUUACACCGGAACAGAAUGCCGCUUUAAUCACCAGUUCAUCUCCAAUGGAAACAUCUGCACGGGUAACCAAGGGGUGGUUGAAAAGGCCAGAAGAUCGUUCCCUUCAAAAGAUGCAUCUUUAAGUGUUUACUCUGCAGUAUAUGUGACAAUGUACAUCACAAGCACUAUAAAAACAAAAAGCAGUCGGCUGGCCAAACCGGUCCUUUGUCUUGGAACCCUCUGUGCUGCAUUCCUGACAGGACUCAACAGGGUAUCUGAAUAUCGAAAUCACUGUUCCGAUGUGAUAGCCGGAUUCAUUUUGGGAAGUGCAGUGGCUUUGUUCUUGGGAAUCUGUGUGGUUCACAACUUUAAAGGAGUCCAUGGAAGCCCCACAAAACAGAAAGCAGAGGACUACCGUGGGCUGCCACUGAUGACAUUCCCUCGGGUGGAGAGCCCCCUGGAAACACUGAGUGCACAGAACCACUCUGCAUCAAUGACGGAAGUGACAUGACUCGGAGGGCAACAUCAAGUUGUUUUUUCUUCACCUCAGCACCUCUAGGCACACAGUUGUUUUGUACUCAGUGUCAAACUGUAAAAAAAAAAAGAACAGUAUUAUGUUGUACCUAGUUAGAAGCUGAUGUUUUUGUACAUUUUGUAUAAGAAAGUGAUGUAGCUUACCUUAAUGUUGUCAGCUUUGAACAAUUACACGUCAGGAUCUAUUCAUUCCUUGUUAUGUUUUAUAAGGUAUAAUGUUAUUUAAAUAUCAAUGUUGUUAUGUGGUAUUUGUAUAAGAGAAUACUUUUUUCUGUUUUCUGUAAAACUUUGACAAAAGUCACCUUUUGUAGCUUUUUGUUCUCUCUCUACAAUAUCGAAUACUCUGCCUGCAAGUUUUACAGGAAUGGUUUAGUAUUCAUAUUUUUUUUUUUAAGAAAGCCACAUCACUUUGACACAUUACUGGCCGUUUUUUUACUUGCCCUUUAUUCAGCAUGAGAGUAAACCAACAUGUUUCAAUAGCCAAGCAAAACAUGUUUGUAUAAUGUUUUAUUUGAAGUUUUAAUCGUUUAAUUUGCUCUUAAAUGCUGUAUAUUUUUGCUGAUUUUUAAUUGUCCUCAGAAAUAAAUACAGACUGUAGUUACAUUUUAAAAUGUGUGUUUUUAAAGCUCACUAGAUUACAGAUUAAACCAAAUGCCACUACCUGAUUAUUUAAAUAAGUGUCUUUAUGUAAGUGUGACAGGCUGGACGAGUGGUCUGACGUCAGGCAGAAGCAGGAAGGUAAACUGACACCAGGCAAGUACUGCAGUUUAA